AUGCAUGCCCUCCUGUGCUUCUGUCUGCUCGUAAUAACGCCCGCUGCCCUCGCCAAGGCACCUAUAGACCGGCGCAAGAUCGUCGAGAGCCUCAAUGUCCACCGCAAUGCGAGCUCAGAUACAACGCCGCUCCAGGUGGGCAACGGGAACUUUGCCUUUGGUGCAGACGUCACGGGCUUGCAGACCUUCAACCCUUUCGCGACUAUGUCGACAUGGGGCUGGCACAACUUUAGCCUUCCGACAACUCCAAACCAAACAUCAGUAGAUGGGCUAGACUUCACUGGAUUGGACUGGUGGACGCAUGGCCGCCUCGUCAAUUAUGACCAGCCAAAUCCAGCGGAGAACGAUAUCUCGAAUUGGCUCAUCGAGAAUCCGCAGCGCUUGAACCUCGGCAAUAUUGGCCUCUAUUUCGGCCGAGUUCAGGUUGAUGAAAGCGACCUGACCAACAAGUCCCAGAUUCUCAACCUCUGGACCGGGUCUAUUGUGUCGACCUUCUCCUACAAUAAUACGCAGAUCAGAGUGGAAACACGAGCAGCGACGGACUCCAGCACGGUAGGGGUCAGUGUCGAGUCUGAACUCUUGUCCACGGGUGCUCUGGGGCUGUUCUUUGAUUUCCCUUAUUCCGAUAUAAACAAAUUUGACGCACCAUAUGUUGGCGUAUGGAAUGCGACAAGCAACCAUUCGACGUCGCUAGAAACGUCGGCAACCCAGCUCGUGAUAGAACACUCGCUUGAUAAUACGUCUUAUUUCUUUACAGCGGCAUGGGAGGGGGAAGGGCAGGUCACCGGCCCAGCAGCUGGGACACAUCGAUAUUUCCUCAUGGUCCCCGGCUCCACCAACCUGACUAUGACGGCGACCUUUUCACAGUCGAAGGUGUCCAGCGUCGUUGGCUUGAGUGACCUGGCAGAGGAGGCCGAGGCCUGGUGGGAGAAUUACUGGAUCUCGGGUGCCUUCAUUGACCUGACCUCGACCAACUCCACAAACGCUACCGAGCUGCAACGCCGCAUUAUCCUCUCCCAGUAUCUCCUAGCCGUGAACUCGGCCUCCCAUUUCUCGCCACAGGAGUCUGGUCUUGUGAAUAAUGGCUGGUAUGGAAAAUUUCACCUCGAAAUGGCCUUUUGGCAUCUGAUGCACUUCGCUCGCUGGGGUCACUUUGAUCUUCUUCAACGCAGCAUUCCGAGGAUGUAUCAACAGUUCCUCCCGUCGUCCUAUGACAGAGCUAGGCUUCAGGGGUACCAGGGCGCACGCCUAGGCAAGAUGACAGAUCCAACGGGUCGGAGCGCACCAGGAGAGAUCAAUUCACUUUUGAUAUGGCAGCAGCCGCAUCCCAUGUAUUUCGCCGAGAUAGAGUACCGCUCGUUCCCUAACGACACGACCCUGAACAAAUGGGACGAGAUCUUGACGGCGUGCGCAGACUUCAUGGCUUCUUAUGCUUGGUACAACGAGUCGACAGGUGUCUACGAUCUCGGUCCCCCAAUGUAUCCAGUCUCUGAGAACACGGAUCCAAAUAACACCGUGAACCCGACCUUUGAGCUGGCGUACUGGCGAUUCGGCCUUGACAUCGCCAUGAGAUGGAAAGAGCGCCAGAAUCUCUCUGUCCCCGAGAAUUGGAUUACCGUACGAGACAAGUUAUCGCCUUUGCCCGUGGUCAACGAUACUUUCCCUAUCUAUCAGGGCGUACCUGAUAUGUGGACCAGCAAUGAAACGACUUAUGAUCAUCCCGCAAUGGCAGGCGUUUACGGCUGGCUUCCCCCGCCGAGCAGUGGCCCACCGUUGAAUCUGACCAUCGUUCGGAACACUGCCGACAAGAUUUUGGAGUUGUGGGACCUGGAGGACUCGUAUGGCUGGGACUUCUCCCUGUUGGCUAUGAACUCACUUCGCCUGGGUGAUGUUGAUCAGGCUGUGGCAUAUGUAUUGGACCCUUACUUCGAGUUUGAUGACGCAGGCUACCCUGAGGGGGGCACACGAGUCCCGACUCCUUAUUUCCCUGAUGCUGCUUCUUUCUUGCUCUUCAUGGCGAUGAUGGCUGGAGGCUGGGAUGGGUCACCUGGACCACACUUCCCCGAGGCGUGGGAUGUGCGGGUUGAGGGUUUUGUACCUGGUUUAUAA